AUGCAGUCUGCCCUUAAAGACAAGACAAACGAGAAGAGCAAAGGCGUUAUGAAGAAGAAGGAUAUUGUUUCAGAUAAGGAUAAUGUUCUCAAUUUCAUUAAGGAGGUUGAGAGUAGCACAAAGGAUUUCAACCUUAAGUACGACUUGACCAAAUGUAUUGAAAUCUUAGAGGGAAAAGAGAACCAAGAGUUCACUGAUCUAAGGAUGGCCCUAGAAGAGGUUCUUCUUGAGAAGGAGCAGUUGUUUAGGGAGAAAUGUGAGUUGGCGGUGGAGUUAGACUAUCUCAAAUCGAAGGAGAAGAAGCAUAAAAGAAAGUCAUAG